GAGACAGCAAAGAGAGAGCCCUGCCCACUCUCACAAAACCAUUCAACUUGUGCACAGUGAGCACUCCCAGACUUCUACAGAGAACUACGCUUCCCUGGGGCAACCUUCUGAAGACGACUGCCCUUCCCACACAAAACCUCCCAAGGAUCAGACAUCAUCUCCACUCCAGCACUGGCAAGACCAUCUUCUGUCCACACCUGUCCUUCUCCAGCCAUCUCUCCUUUUUAAACACAAGGAUUAUUAUUUUUUGUUCUCACUUUUCCUCCAGUUUAGGUGUCACUUUUUAACUUUUAGUACAAGUCUUACAGCACUGCUGACAACAUUUAUUUGUCCAGAGCUUACCUUGUCUGGAGGAGUUUUUUUCUCUCUUUUGGCAGAAGGACUGAUCGUUUUUCCCCCACUCUCAUCAUUUUGCCUGCCAGUUGGUGCGCACUGCACUGCUCUCCGUUGUCCCGGCAGCAGACCUCGUCUAGUCCAGGAUGUCUCCUUUACCCCUGCUGAGUGGGAUGCUGCUGCUCUUUGCCCAUAGCUGUGCCGGGGCCGGCUCUUUGUCCGUGGCGAUGGGUGGUGGCCAGACGCCACCACAGACUCAGUCCCAGCUGGUGCCGGAGGUCACCGACUGCCCGUCCUGCGCCCUGGCGCGGCUGAACGAGGAGGAGGACGGCAGCAAACCCGAGGUGGUGGAGGCGGUGAAGAGGCACAUCCUCAACAUGCUGCACCUGCGGGCGCGGCCCAACGUCACGCACCCGGUGCCCCGCGCUGCUCUGCUCAAUGCCAUCCGCAAGCUGCACGUGGGAAGAGUGGCCGAGGACGGCAGCGUCCAGAUCGAGGAUGAGGGCCACGGGCGCCCCAAUGCCGCCGACAUGGCCGAGACGACUGAGAUCCUUACCUUCGCAGAGGCCGGCGACUCCCAGGGUAUGGUCAACUUCCUCAUUUCCAAGGAGGGCGGCGAGCUGUCUCUGGUGGACCAGGCUAAUGUAUGGAUCUUCCUCCGGCUGGCCAAGACCAAUCGCAGCCGUGCCAAGGUCACUAUACGCCUGUUGCAGCAGCGCCUUGGCGGAGACGGCCAUGAAGAGUCGGUGCCAGUGCCACUGGCCGAGAAGGCGGUGGACACACGGCGCAGUGGCUGGCACACUUUCCCCGUGUCGGCCAGCGUCCAGGCCCUGCUGAAGGGCGGCGGCAGCAUGCUCAGUGUGAGGGUCUCCUGCCCGCUGUGCGCCAAUGCUGGCGCCACGCCCAUCUUGGUGUCGACCAGUGGCAACCAGGAGCGUGAGCAGUCCCACCGGCCCUUCCUCAUGGCGGUGGUGCAGCAGGGCGAGGGCGGCGAGCCACGGCAACGCCGCAAACGGGGCCUGGAGUGUGACGGCAAGGUGCGUGCUUGCUGUAAGCGCCAGUUCUACGUCAAUUUCAAGGACAUUGGCUGGAGUGACUGGAUCAUAGCGCCGGGGGGCUACCACGCCAACUACUGCGAGGGCGACUGCCCCAGCCACGUGGCCAGCAUCACAGGCUCCUCGCUCUCCUUCCACUCCACCGUCAUCAACCACUACCGCAUACGGGGCUACGCGCCCUUCCAGAACAUUAAGUCGUGCUGCGUGCCCACGCGGCUACGCGCCAUGUCUAUGCUCUACUACAACGAAGAGCAAAAGAUCGUCAAAAAGGACAUCCAGAACAUGGUCGUAGAGGAGUGCGGCUGCUCGUAAAAAGUUCCUGGCGGAACUGGUGGGGCUGGGAGGUUGGUCUCAUGCCCAGAGAGACAGAACUAAACGAAAGAGGCCCUUUAUCUCUCUCUCUCUCUUGCGUGCAAGACACUUGUCAAGACCGACUUCUAUUUGGACUCAAUGACUUGCUUGUUCUCCAUUGUUGGCAAGUCCAGGGGGGUAUCUAUAACUCAGAGAAAACUCUGUGGCACUUUCAAAAAAUAAAAUUAAAAGAAUAUCUAAUAUAUUUUUGUUACUAAACAAAGGGAGGGAGGUGAGAGGAUAUUUAUGUGACCCAGAUGCGGUGUAGUUGCUCCUUUCAUGCACUGCAAGACGAGAGACCAUGCGAAUGAGGUGCCUGAAAAAUAUACAAACUAUGCAACUUGUCAAGUAUUACGAUUAAUUUCAGUUUUUUGCCUCUUUCAUUUUCUCAACUGUUUACUUUUUCUAAACUAAAAAAGAGGAAGACUUUUUUUUUGAGUGUGUGUGCAUGUGUUCAUUAUGUGUACAUGCGUGUUUGUGUGUGUGAGUGUGUGUUGUUGAGAGAUACUUGAAAGAAACACGUUGGACCAGAUGCUGGAACCAAACAUUUCUCUAUGUACAAUUAUUAUAAUUUGUUAUUGAUGAUAAUAUUAUUGUUUGAUGUUUUUGUUACAUUUUUGUUUAAAAACGUUACGAACGUUUUCAGUUUGCACUAUACUAACAUUCUGAUCAGCCUAGUCACAAAUAUCAAUGGUAUUCUAAGAGAGGUUAAAAAGCACUUAUGAAUCGAAAAAUCUAUAGAGAACGUGAGUUUAAAACAGAGGUAACGAGAAAAAAAGACGAGAUAUAAUUUAGAGAACACAUAGAUGUAUUACUACAGCAUUUUUUGACCACACCAAAGAGUUUGUGUAAGUAUUGCCAACCAUCAUUGUGAGGCUGUUACAGAUCAAAUGUCAGCAUUAGCAUAGCCUAGCAUCAGUGCCCAAACAUUCCUUCUGCUCCUGCACAAUGACUUCAUUUCCCAUAAUGCUCCACUCUAACCUAUAUUUUUCAAAAUACUAUCUUGUUGGAGAGCGGCUUAUAAUUGUAUUAUUAUAAUUUAAUUAUAAUUUGAUUAUUAUUGUAAAAGCACUUACUGUAGGCCAAUGUUGUCGCGUUUUGUCAGAAAAUGAAUGUCUCCAUUGAAUUUGGAAGUCUGAAAUAUGUUUCCUGAAAUUCUAGUUAAAAGAGUUUCAUAUUUCAAAAUAUCUCGCCAAAUAUUGGAAGGUCCCAUCUUACACCAAGUAAACGUUUUUGUUUGGAGAGUUGGUUUCUUUCGCUUGCCUUCAUACAACAUUGUACAUGUUCCAAUGUCUAAAAUGAAGCAAUUAGAAACUUUGGUAACACUUUAUUUUACUGCCCGCUGUUUACCAGCUAAUUAUUUAGAAAUUACUUAAUAAUUACAUAGUAAUUAUACUUUGGCUUCUUUGAGAUUCAUUUACACAAGCUUCACUAUGUAACAUUUGGUACUAGUUAAAGCAGGUAGUUACCAGUAUUAUGGAUAUCUAUUUCAAUGUUGAUAGUGUGGAAGUACAAGCAAGUAUCCAUUGCGCAUAGUUUCUUAGUUAAUACCAUGUCAAGUGUACCAGUUUAAAAUGGGCUGUAAAAUAAGUGUUACCGAAACAUUCCACACAAAGUUUUGUCUUGCAGUAUAGACUCAUUUAAGAAACACAUUAAUGUACCUUACAGUGUGCAUUAAUGUGCAUGCAACAUCAAUAGAGAAAAAUAAAUAAAAAGUUGUUGUAUUUGUUUUCAUUUUCUUUUAUCAAUACAAAAGAAUUGACACUGAAACAAGUGGACUUAGAAUAAAACAUAUAUUUUUUAUUCUGUAUAUAUUGAAAUGCAGAUACCAAUAUGUUGCAUUGCUUUGUUGUACAAAUCAAAAAUGUGCUUGUGGCAAAGUUUUUUAUCUAAUUUAUUUUGCAGUAUUCUUUUUUGUUUCGCUUCACCAUUAAAG